AUGGCAUCACAUUUCAAUUUAGUGAUGCUGUUUGUUUUGACUCUUAACCUUUACCCUAUUCUCAUUCUCUCUGCUACAGAACCAUUCUCUUCGCAGGCUUACACCUAUCCCUACUCUCAAGCCAAAGAUUCACCUCCUUCGCUCCCACUGUCCCUCAUCCCGACACCCCUUCCUCCCUCCCACCAACACAUUCCCGAUCACUACGUCCCUCCCGUCGAUCCACUUCCAGUGAAUGAAAACUACACUCAAUUCAAAUGUCCCAUUAGACAAUGCGAUCCCGGUAUUGUUUGUAGAAAUAUGUUUGGAAAUGUUCAAUGCGUCAGUCAAUAUGAUGCAUUCCUUUUGAUUUCAUUCAAAAAAACAAAUCAGUGGAAGAUGAAUGGUGAUUGUUUCUGUAAAUACGAUGGGUUGAUUACCAACCUAAACAGUAUUAAAACCACAACAUUCUCGGUCAAAGUCAAUUGGAUUGACCGAUUAUUACACCCUUCCAACUCUUCACAUUGGGGAUUCCAGAUUCAUCAAGAGGAUGACCCAAGUGAACAAAUCCUUCAUCUUCCAGAAGAAUCUGUUUUGGAUCAAAUUCCCCAUCCUUUUGGAUUCAUCAUUCAGUGUCCAGAGGGUGGAUGGGUACCAAGUAUUAUUUUUAAAACCGUAGAGUUUACAACCAUCCCUCCAAUCAUUUCAUUGUCAAAAUCAAUCAAAGAUAUGCUCAACAUUGGAUCUUUAAAUUUUAAUGAUGAAAGAGAAUAUACUGAAGAUUUUCAUCAACAAGGUGGUUUAGUUUACUAA